CGUGGCCGCGGCGCGGCGCGCAGUGACGUUCCGGGCGCGCGGCAGCUCGCGCGCGGCGCCCCCUGCCCACGCGCUGCCGGGACUUGCUGCCACGUCGAGAGCACAAGGACGUGACCCUGCAGUGUCCCCAGCAUCCCUGUCCCCUGGCAUCGAGUGUCCACCGUCGUGUCUCCCGGCGUGGAGCACCCCGCAGGGUUGAGUGUUCCCUGGCAUCGAGUGAUCCUGUGGUGUCCCCUGGUGUCAUCAUCCCCUGGCAGCAGCCCGGCGUUCCCCCAUGGAUGCCCUGGGUGGAUUCGCCUGCGCUUGCGCCGGGCUCGUGCUGCUGCUGCUGCUCGUGGUCGCUCAUCGCUUGGGGCUCCUCUACCAGCUGCGGCAUAAGGUGGAUCCCAAAAGCGGCCGGCACGGGGGCGAGUUGGUGGCGGAGGUGCUGAAGGCCCACGGCGUACGCUUCCUCUUCGCCUUGGCCGGUGGCCACGUGUCCCCCGUGCUGGUGGCCUGCGAGAAGCUGGGCCUGCGGGUGGUGGACACCCGGCACGAGGCCACCGCCGUCUUCGCCGCCGAUGCCGUCGCCCGCCUCUCGGGUCGCAUCGGCGUCGCCAUCGUCACCGCCGGCCCCGGCGUCACCAACACGGUGACGGCGGUGAAGAACGCCCAGAUGGCCGAGUCGCCCGUGCUGCUCCUCGGCGGGGCGGCCGCCACGCUGCAGCGGGGUCGCGGCGCGCUGCAGGAGAUCGACCAACUGUCGCUCUUCAAGACGCUUUGCAAGCGGCGCGUGUCGGUGCGCACCGUGCGGGACAUCGUCCCCGCGCUGCGCGAGGCCAUCGCCACCGCCCAGUCAGGAACGCCGGGUCCCGUCUUCGUGGAGCUGCCCCUGGACGUGCUUUACCCCUUCCACGUGGUGGAGAAAGAGCUGGGGCAGGCAACGGGCCGCGGCGGGCUGCGGCGGAGCAUCGUCGACUGGUACCUGCGCAAUUACGUCCGCAACCUCUUUGCCGGCGCCUGGGAACCCCGGGACAUGACGCCGCUGCCCGUGCGGGUGCCGUUGGCCACCGCGGAGCAGGUGCAGCAGGUUGCCGAGCUGGUGAGCCGGGCCGCGAAGCCGCUGGUGCUGCUGGGCAGCCAGGCCACGCUGCCACCGACCCCCGUUGAGGAGCUGAGGGCUGCCCUGGAGGCGCUGGGAUUGCCCUGCUACCUGGGCGGCAUGGCACGGGGGCUGCUGGGGAAGGACAGCGCCUUGCACGUCCGCCAGAACCGCCGCGACGCCCUGCGCCAGGCCGACCUCGUCAUCCUGGCAGGCACCGUGUGCGACUUCCGCCUCUCCUACGGCCGCGUCCUGAGCCGCCGCAGCGCCGUCGUCGCCGUCAACCGGGACCGGGCGCAGCUGCUGCGAAAUUCGGACGUGUUUUGGAAACCUCGGCUCGCCGUGCAAGGCGACGCCGCCUCCUUCCUGGUGAUGCUUUCGCGGAGCCUCCGGGGUUAUUCGUGUCCCCGCGACUGGUUGGCGGGUCUCAAAGAAAGCGACCGGCGUAAGGAGGCGGCCAACAGGGAGAAGGCGGCCGAGCUGCCGCCGCGGCACCUGAACCCGCUGGCGCUGCUGCACCGCCUGGACGCGCUGCUGCCCGACGACUGCCUGCUGGUGGCCGACGGCGGCGAUUUCGUGGCCACUGCCGCCUACGUGGUUCGGCCCCGCCGCCCCCUGGGCUGGCUCGAUCCCGGAGCUUUCGGGACUCUGGGUGUCGGCGGAGGGUUCGCGCUCGGCGCCAAGCUCUGCCGGCCCGAGGCCGAGGUUUGGAUCCUCUACGGGGACGGCUCGCUGGGCUACAGCGUUAUGGAGUUUGACACCUUCGUGCGGCACAAGACGCCCGUCAUCGCGCUGGUGGGCAACGACGCCUGCUGGAGCCAGAUCUCCCGCGAGCAGGUGGCUCUGCUGGGCAGCAAUGUGGCCUGUGGCCUUGAAUACACGGAUUACCACGCCGUGGCGGAGGGCCUGGGCGCCAAAGGCUUCGUGGUGGGCAGCGAUGACGGCGAGGGGCUGGACGCGGUGCUGCGCGCCGCCCAGGCCACGUGCCGCCAGGGCCGGGCCGUCCUCAUCAACGCGCUCAUCGGCAAGAGCGACUUCCGUCAGGGCUCCAUCUCGGUGUGAGGCCACGCGUGGCACUGCCAGCCUUCAACGCCACCGCACUGAUGCGUCCCCCCUGUCCCUACCUCAGCGUGACGACGUGGAAGAUCCUGGCAGAGCCGCUGGGCUCAGUGCCACCGGCCACGCCGAAGCGCCACGACCCCAUGGCCAGACACUCGGGGAUAGGACAGCCACCGUCGUGGCACGUAACCCUACAGUGGCUUCGUUCCCAUCCCUUCCCCCCAUCCUAAUAAAUCAACCCCAUCUGAUAUGUGGUUGUGGCCACGGCGUCACCUCCGUGCAUGGUCCCCGGGGCAUGCGUGAGUGCA